CCUAUAUCAGAAUUAAUAACACCCUCAAGUCAGGAUUUAUCUAUAUCAGAAUUAUUCCUCAAAUCAUGCUCACCAAGUAUUGACCAUAUCACCUCCACUGAAGAAACUAGUAUAACAGAGAAUUCUAAUCAAAUUAAUAUUCCGAACAAGUGGGUUAAAAAUAGAAAACCAAGAUCUAGGGGCAUAGCUUAUUCCAUGUCUCAAAGAGACACUCCUAUGGGUUUGCAAAGCAAUAAAUCUGUACAGAUUUCUGAUUCAUCUAAUAGUGGAGCUAGUAUCAAGGCACAUAUUAUUAAUAAAAGUGAUAUACCCAAUACCCUAACAAAAAAAGCAGAAAAAUACUUUAAUUGA